CCUACCCAGCUUGGCUCUCAGCCCGAAAAUGACCACCAGGGAAUCGCCCAAGGUCUGCAAUGCCCAGCACGGAGACCGCUGGCCCAGGAGGACUCUCGUCAACUCCGAUAUGACUUUGACCCGCGGAACCCUGAAAAAGGGCUUCUUUUGCAAUGACACCACCAUCCAAUACCCCCGAGUGGCCCAUUACAUCAUCGAAGACUCGGCACUCAUAAAGAUGGGCUUCUUCAUCUCCAUCUUCACGAUCAGCCUGGGAGAGUUGAUUCGUGUCAAGCUCUUGCAGCUGAGCUCGUCAGCCUUCAUGAGCGGCACUUACAUGGCCAUGAUCUACAAGCAGCUGGGCACCUUCAUUUUUGGCGGCCUGGCCAGCUGCUCCCCGACCAGCAUUGCCAAGAUGACCACAGGUCACCUGCGGCCCCACUUCCUGGCCACGUGCCUGCCCGACCCAGCCUCCUUUGACCUCGAGAGCGGCUACGUCACCAACUACACCUGCACAGGGCACCCCAAAGACGUCCUCGAUGUCAGGCGAGUGGGCGGUCAAGGAGGGGAACCCAGGAGGCAUCCCCACCCCACCCCAGCCCCAGCUGAUGUCCACCCUGCCCCUGCCCGUCCCCCAGGAAAUCCUUCUAUUCUGUGGACGCCUCCAUCGGCAUGUACUCCAUGGUGUAUUUGGUGGUGAGUGUUGGCCCGAGGUGGGCUGCACACCCGGCAAGGCCAGAAAAUACUCCAUUGUCCCCCCGCCCGCCCCCACCCCAUGCUUGGUGCCUGCAGUGCCAGACACAGCUUCCAUAGAGCUUGUGUGUUCCCCCAGAGUCAGGAGGGCGAGAACGGGGAGGGCCCAUCUUCUCUUAAGACUCAUUCAGCAUCCCUGUCCCAGAACAGCAACUUCCAGAACCCUCUGUCUCCCCCUCCCUGCAGCUGGAGAGGGCCCAUGCCAGGCUGGGUCCAUGCCCAGGGCUGGGCUCCACCAAGGGCAGGGGGAAGGGAAAUCAGACCCAGCUGAGGUGUAGCUCUAAGUUUUGGGUAAUAAAGUGGCAGGAGGAGCAGGGCGGGGGGUGGGGGAACCCCUGGGAAGGAGCCGAUGACCCACAGGCAUAGACUCGGCUGGCAGAAGCGGAUCGCACACAUCGCAGCCAGCCCAGAGCACCCGGGCACCGUGGUGGGCAGACACAACGACACAGAAGCCCUGGCCACAGUGCACGUGAUGCUACACGGCUGCCUUCACACCAGCAACGUUUUCUUCCUGAAAGGCAGCCCAUUCGACUGCCAGCCGGCCCCCCUUUUUUUUAUAGACAAAGUAACUACAGCCUCCUGUAGUGAUAGGGCUUUGGAGCUGGAAUGUACAUGCUCCAUUCCCAGCCUCAACUGUGUGUGACCUUGCGUGAGACACUCAAUGUCCUUGGGCCUCCAUUUCCUCAUCUGUCAAAUGGGUGUGGAAAUAGCACUUGCCCCCUAGGGUUGUGGUUUCAUGAGUUAACACAUAAAUGAGCUGACUCGCUCAAAGUAUUUAGAACAGGAUCUGCCCUAAAGGUCACUAUUAUCAUUAAUAGCAGGCAAAACAGACUCCCUCCAUCUCAGGGGAGCACGCCAACAAUGCCAGGAGGUGCACAGACCGACCACACACAGCUAGAAGUCGGGCCUUCCCCUGAUUUUAUGGACCGAAUGGUCAACUUUGUGAACAGAAUGUUCUGGGUCUCGGGGAAUUCCCCCACCUUUUUUUUUUUCUGUUUUCCAUUUCAAAAGCAAGAGCCCAAACUCUGCUUUUGAGGGCCCCCUGAUGAGGCCAACCUGCUUCGAUUAGAGAUCUGACACUGGCAGAAAGUGGCAGUGCCGGGUCACAGUAUGAGCGUAUCCGGAGGGCCUCAUCUGACUCUUGGGAAAUCAUUCACCAUCUAACAAUUCUCCCAAUAUUGAUAGCAUGAAGUUCUCUUACAAUGAUGGUUUCGGGGGCCACAGCCCCUACCCUCUUUAGAGGCUGAAAUCCAUUUCCAUAUAAAAUUGACAGGCUCAGACAGGCCGGUGGGCACAAAAACGCAGCCGCCGGGUGGAGUCCCUCUGGAUACCUGCUCCCAGGGUUUCAAGGCGCUGCCCACCCGCCUUCCAGCUCUAGGUACAGGCCAGUUCCUGGGGACAGAAAAUCUGGCUCUUACGGCCCACCAUCCAGCUCCUUUUCUUGUCCUUGGCUACAUCCGGGUCUUGGACCAUGGCACCAACCCUACGAUGCCAUCUUCGGAUUCUUGCAGGGAGCUUUGAUGGCUUUCUGGGUGGUGAGUGAUGCCGUGGGGCACCUGGGUACCAGGGAGGCUCUGCUUGCCCGAGAGCCAUUGGGUACACCUGGCACUCCUCAUCUCCCAGGAAGGGAGCCUGGGAGAGGCCAGACUGAAGAGGGAGUGGCCUUGGGGUGUAGGUGACGUCAGCCCACCCCUACCCCUCCCCACUUCAUCCCUGCGGGCUUUCUACAUCUUGGGUGAUGUCAAGUCCCAGAAGCUCCAGCUGCUAGAAGACCACCCAUCCCCUGCUCGCCACUUUCCUCCUCAUUUCCCCUCUCUGUAUUCCUCCCCUGAGGGCCCUCAGGGAACCCAAAGGAUGCCCCGAUUCAGAGAAAGAUAGAGGGCACCCAUUGCUCACCAGAACCUGUGCUCUCCAGGGGGCUAUCCCUACCAAGGUGGGCUAAUCCAGGAAGUCCCACCUCCCUGGAGCUCAGCCCUGACCCCAAAUCAGCCUUGCCCUGGUGGAGUGACACAGGAAGCCCCAUUUUUCUGGGGCUGAACCCCAAAUCAGCCCCUCCCAGCAGGGCCACUUCCACUUUUAUGUUUUGAUGAUUCUUGAUAUAUUAAAUAAUAAAAUGCCAACACAGGGUU